AUGGACCUGGGCGUUGCGCACUUUCACCUCGUCGACGAGCCGCGCUUGCCGCUCCAGGGGCAGGCGGGGCAGCUCGAGCUUUUCACCCCGCCCCCGCAGCAGCAGCAGCAGCAGCAUCAACAGCAGCAGUCCCCGUCCGCAGCAGCAUCGGCGGUGGUCUCGCCGCUUAAAGAGAAUUAUAAGAAGAAGCUAGCAGAAAGUUUCUUGUCGCCUAGCCCGGGAAAAAGCCCCUCUCAUCGGGUCAAGAGCGCGGGGGGCGCGGGAAGAUGCGGGGGAAGUGGCGGGGGGAGUAUGUGCGGAAGCGGAAGCGCAAGCGGCAGGGGUGCUGGCGGAGCGGGGUUAGGUAGUGAAGACUCGGGGGAGGGUUCCCCGGCGUCGGAGCGCAUACUCGACGCGCCGGAGAUAGUCGACGACUACUAUCUCAACCUGCUCGACUGGUCGUCGCAGAAUCAGAUCGCCGUCGCGCUCGGCACGACGGUGUACCUCUGGUCUGCGACGUCGGGCGACAUACACCAGCUCGUGCACGCGGACGGGCCCGACGACUACGUCACGAGCGUCGCGUGGGCCAAGGACGGGCGGCACCUGGCCGUGGGGUUGAACAGCAGCGAACUGCAGAUCUGGGAUGCGAGUCGCUUGCGGCAAGUGCGGCGGCUGCAGGGGCACCGCGCGCGCGUGGGCAGCCUCGCGUGGAACGGCCACACGCUGUCGUCGGGGAGCCGCGAUAGCAGCAUUCUCAACCACGAUGUGCGGGUGCGCGACCACGUGGUGAGCGCAUUGCGCGCGCACGAGCAGGAGGUGUGCGGACUCAAGUGGUCGCGCUCCGGGCAGCACCUGGCGAGCGGCGGCAACGACAACCUUCUCUACAUCUGGGACAACGCUGCCAUUUCCUCCUCCUCCACCUCCUCUUUCUCCUCCUCCUCGUCCUUCCCUACCUCAGGAAAUUCCUCUUUCCAUUCCUCCCUCUCCUCCUCUUUCUCCUCCUCGCUCUCCUCCCUCUCCGCCUCCUCCUCCUCCUUACCUCCGCUACUCCAUUCCUCCGCUUCUUUCUCCCCCUUCGCCUCAUUUUCCUCCGCCACAGCCGCCGCUGCCGCUUCUCCAUUCACCGGCUCGUCUCUCAUAGCGUCUCUCGCCUCCUCCUCCUCCUCCUCCUCCUCCCUCCCAUCCGCCGCAUCUCUCGCUUCCCUCCUCGCCUCCUCCCCGUCGCCCUACGCCUCUCCUUUCGCCUCUCCGCAUUCCUCUCUCUCAUUCGCGCCGUCUCACCCCACCAUGCCUGCUGCCACAACUGCCACCGCUCCUGCCGCUGAUUCUGCCCAUGCAGCAACAGCACCGUCCCUCUCCUCGCACAGAAGCAGGGCGUCUCCCAACAACGCCCUCCCACGUUCUCCUCCCUCCUGCUCCCCCCCUCGUGACCCUUUUCCCUGCUUCUCCCCACAAUGCUCCCCUGUUCCGCCCGACUCUCCCCAACGAUCCCCCACAUUCGCACCGCUUUCCCCCCUGCACUCCCCGUGUCCUCACUGCUCACUGCUCUCGGUCCCCCCUUUCCCCCCCACAGUGCGCUACCUGCACCGGCUGACAGCGCACCAGGCGGCGGUGAAGGCGCUGGCGUGGUGUCCCUUCCAGAGCCACCUGCUGGCAUCAGGCGGGGGCACAGCAGACCGGUGCAUCAAGUUCUGGAACACACAGACAGGGGCGCUCACCCACUCCAUCGACACCCACUCACAGGUGUGUGCGCUGGAGUGGAGUCGGCAUGAGAAGGAGAUCCUGUCGUCGCACGGGUACAGCCUGAACCAGCUGUGCCUCUGGCGCUACCCCUCCAUGGCCAAACUCGCUGAGUUCACCGGCCAUACCGCUCGCGUGCUGCACCUUGCCCAGAGUCCGGAUGGGUACACAGUGGUCUCAGCUGCUGCUGAUGAGACGCUGCGAUUCUGGAAUGCAUUUGGGGACCCCGAUGGAGAUAAGAAGGGAGGGAAGGGUGGGGGAAGAGGAUGUGAGAGGCGCAUUGGGGGAGGAGGAGGGGGUGUUGCGGCAUGUGAUGAAGACGGUGUUGCCUCUGCACGCUGCUCGUUGCUGCGGUCUCACAUUCGUUAA